CAGCAGGCCCUAGCGAUGUUCGAGGCGCCCCAACCACCCCCAUCCCGCCCACCGUCCCUAAACACGCCCCCGAUCCCGCCCCCCGUCCCUCAGACCCCGGUGCAGUACUUCAGUCACCCGCAGGAGACGCAGGGUGAGGCAGUGUUUGUGGACCUGACGCCCCUGACGCAGGUACAGGCUGGCCAGGGAACGUUUGCUGAGCUGCAGGCUGUCGAUGCAACGUUGACGGAAGCUGAGGCAACGUUCACAGAGGCGCCGGUGACAGAAGCAACGUUCACAGAGGCAUUGGUGACAGAGGCAACGUUUACAGAGGGACCAGGGACAGAGGAAACGUUCACAGAAGUACCAGUAGCCAAUAGAACGUUCACAGAGGUCCCGGGAACAGAAGCAACGUUCACAGAAUUACCAGUAGCUAGUGGAACGUUUGCAGAGGUACCAGGGAUAGAGGCAGCGUUCACCGAGAUGGUAGCAGCGGAACACACUUUUUCUGGAAUGGAGGCCGCAGAAGGAACGUUUUCUCAACUCCAGGGGGCGGGGCCAACGUUCCCACAGGUGCCGCUCGCGCAGGACGCGUUCCCGGAGCAGUACGGCACGCUGCAGCUGGGGGAGGUGACGCCCUACAGUGAGGUGACAGCCCCACCCUCCCUGUGUGGCGUGCCCCUGACGGAAGUGUCCUUGGCGGAGGACGAGGGCGUGCCUGAUGCUUCUGCUGAGGUGGAAGUGCUCACAAGUGAAGAUACCCCGCAGUACACCGCCCUCACUCCCGCCGUGCCCGCGCCCAUGCCCACGCCAAUGGACACGCUUACGAGCCCGGUGGUGGUUGAGGUGGCAGGCCCAGGGCUGAGACUGGCCAUCCCCAACGCCUUCAUGUCCUCGCAACAACACGAGCACGCCCACACGCCCCCGCCCACACCCACGCCCCCGGAACGCCCGCCAGACCACAGUGACGUCCUCUCCGCGCUAAGGGCCUCCAUCUUCCGCUCGCGUGCCCGCAAGCGCGCCGCCCCCGCUGAAGAGACGGAGGAAAAGAAAGAGAAGAAAAAGCGACGCCCAGCCCACUCCCCCCCGACGCCCCCGCCCCCCGUGGACACAGGGGAAGGGGGCCAAGGGAAGAGUAGCCCCCACCCCGCAGCCCCAGGGGGAGGAGGACGUGGUGCAGGUGCAGCUGGUGUACCUCGUGUACCCCAUGUAUGCUUCCAAUGCGCGUAUGCGUUUGGUGUCACAGGAGGUUCAGCUGCCUGCGACGCCUCCAUUCGCUGUUUAUCAUUCCGAGAGGAGAGGCAGGAAAUGUUUCUCUUGCUCUCUCUCUCUCUUUCUCUAACUCUCACUCACUCACUCACUCGCUCUCAUCUCUACUCGUUUUGUUUCUCCAGGAUCUGCUGUGUCGACGGACCAAUCAUGUUGUCUGAGGAGGUGAAGGGACCCUACCUGGAUGGUCUUCCAAGCCUUGAACCAACAGUGUCCAGCAAAGAUGUUAAAGAGAGCACAAAGGAUGAAGUCCGCCAGGAUUACAUGAAGAAGGCAGUGUCGGAAUGGACUACAGAUGACGUGGUGGACUUCCUGAUGGGGACACACACACACGCCGACUACGACUUCAGCAUUAUAAACACUAUGAACGGGGCACAGCUCAUGAGGCAGAGUCGAGAGUUCUUCCUGAGAUUUUCCCCGGAGUAUGGCGAAGAUCUUUACAAUGAAGUGCAGAGGAGGGUGUUGGAAAGAGCCACCAGCAUCACCAGCACACCAUACCAAGUAUCCCUGUCAAGCACCACCACCACAUCACCACUUCAGAGACCAUUCCUGCUCACCGCCCCGCCACACACCCUGCGCCACCUCUCACCACAGCCCUCCGUGAUCUGCGAUGCACAGGCGCCUUACGAACUUGUCAUAGACCCCCAGGCACAGUUGAGGUUCGCCCCAGACCCCAGAGACCCCAGUGUGUAUGAGCAGACCCACAGAGGUGCCAUGAAGAUUGUCCCACCCCCCCUGGUAGCACUGGAGAGAAGAGAGGAGAGGCAGGUGACAGGGGACAGAGGUGUUGGAGCUGGGAGUAGUGGUGAGCAAGUGCAGGGGGUGAAGGAGGAGGUGAAAAUUGAACCCCCAAAGAAACGAGGCCCCGGUCGUCCUAAGAAACCUGAAAGUGAGUUGAAGAAGAAGAAGAAGAAGACAGGCCGGCUUUGGGAGUUCAUUCGUAACCUGCUCUUGAACCCCGAGACUUGCCCCUCUAUGGUGAAGUGGGAGAACCCGGAGGAGGGACUGUUCCGCUUCAUUGACGGGGAGAAGGUGGCCAAGCGAUGGGGGGAGAGGAAGGGCAAUAAGGAGAUGAACUAUGAGAAACUGAGUCGUGCAAUGAGGUACUACUACAAAACACAAAUAUUUGAAGCCGUCAUUGGCCGAAGACUCGUUUACAAGUUCGGGAAGAAAGCAAGUGGCUGGCGAACAUCCAACCCAAACUUUGCCAACCCCCCGGAGAACCCCAGCCUGGAGGAACCCACCCCAGCAGCAGCACCACCACCACCACCACCUCACCAUCACCACUACGACCAGCUACACUCAGACCUGAAGCCCAAGACCAGCCAGGGAGAUUUGGUCCUGUCACCACCACAACACCACCACUACGAACAGCUACACACAGACUUAAAACAGAAGACCAGUCAGGGAGAUUUGGUUCUGUCACCACCACAACACCACCACUACGAACAGCUACACACAGACUUAAAACAGAAGACCAGUCAGGGAGAUUUGGUUCUGUCACCACCACAACACCACCUUCACCACUACACCACUCAGUUACUCUUGCCAGAAUUGAAGGCACCACCACCACCAGCGCAUCACUAUAAAGAGAACUUCCUGUCAUCACCACAUGCACAGGACACCAAGUCGCAUCUCACCCACCCCCUGAGCCUCACCAUGCACCACACGCCUCACCACCACCACCAUCACCACCACACAUAGCACCACUGUGGCUAAAUUAACUGUUCUGUGAUGUUAUGGUGCCUUAGCAUUAAAAAGUCAUUCAUAUUUGUGCGACUCAAAGGAAAAAUGGAACUGAGAGAGAGAGAAAGGUCACGUGGACAGUUGUGACCUUAGAUGACCUUGUUAAGUCUCUCUGUAGGGUCGUCACUGCUCAAUCAAGUGCCUUACUGUGUCCUGUCCUGCCGGGGAACAAGCGUACAACAAAAGCAACACAAGUGAAGGAGGAGAAGUACAAGAAUCACAAAGUAGUCACCAGUCAUGAAAGUACAAGUUAACAUGGAUGCAAAACAAAACAAAGAACACAAAAACUUGCAAACAGAGGACAACACAAACACUUCAAGCAACUCAAACACACACCAUGGUGCUAAAUAGUGGAAAAAAAAACAGUUUACACGCCAACAGAAACACUGCAAGCCAAGGUCCAUGCAAAACAAACACUAACAUGCAAAUGAAAGACAACACAACAACACAAACAACACAAACACACACCAUAGUACUAAUUAAUGAAAGAAAAACAAUUUGUACACCAACAGAAACACUGCAAGCCAAGGUCGAUGCAAAACAAAACAUUUAACUUCCAAAUGAAAGACAACACAAACAACACAAGACUCCAUAAUACUAAAUAGUGGAAUAGAAACAGUUUAUACACCAACAGAAACACUGCAAGCCAAGGUAUAUGCAAAAAACAAAACAUUUAACUUACAAACAGAAGCCAACACAACAACACAAACACACCAUAGUACUAAAUGAAAGAAAACCGUUUUACACACCAAUGGAACACUACAAGGCAAGGUGGAUGCAAACAGCACAGCAACACAAACACUUCAAACACCACAAACACACCAUGGUGCUAAAUAGUGAAGAAAAACAACGAAAUACACCAAUGGAACACUACAGUUUGCCGGUACAAGAAGAGAGGCAAGACGGAACACAGAAAACCACUUACGUUACUAAUGGAGGCAAGACAGCGACAAACAGCACCAUAGAAAUGUGUGGUGCUGCGUAACGGUGCUAGAGGCAAGAAGGAGAUAAAACGCAUAUAAGAACUUCAUUUAAUGUGACUGUGGCUGUGAAAUAGACCUUAGGUGCCUUGUGUGGGCAUUUAGACUUACUACCUCCCUCCCUCCAUACCUCCCCAACAUCCCAUAAUGCAGGUUCACACUUGUAAAUUUGCGACUGAAAUUGCAAGUCUUGUUCAGUUAAUUUACGAGUUUGUUUACAUUGUGACGUCACGGAGAACGGUUUGAAAAUGGCGAUGUAGAGAAGAUUUUGGAGUUGGUGAGGGAAAAAGAGCGUAUUUGGGACCCUAUAAGUGAGUUAUACAGCAAAAAAUUAAAAAGCUUAUGCAAAUCGGUGUUGGAUGAGAUGGCUGGCACUCUCCGGUGAUUGCUUCCCUCAUUGCAGGGUGUUGUUGGAGGUGAGGAGUGAACACUUGUCAGGAUUUCAUUUAAUCACAGUGGUCAUCGUCAGCGGAGGAAGACAUCUUGUUCAGUAGCUUUUUUUCAUUUUAUUUUUUUAUUUAUUUAUUUUUAAUGCAGGUAAGAAGGCCAGCCAAACACAACAAAAUAGUAAAAUAAAGAGGAAGAAGAAAAAGAGGCUCACUUGAAUGCUGGUCCACUAAAAAAGAAGUACAGAGUCAGCCAAAAUUCAGGAGCAAAUGUCUUGAUGCGUCCCUCUUACACUCACUUCCCACCAACCAGUCGAUACUUCCCAGUCACUGUGUGUGAACGUGCUCCAACUAAAAGGCCUCAGUUGAUACUUCCCAGUUGCUGUGUGUGAACAUGCUCUGACUAGAAGGCCCCAGUUGAUACUUCUAGCGACUUGCAAUUUCAGUGGCAUAUAUACAUUUGCGAACCGGCCUAUCCUCCCUCCCAGUGCCGCGGUGCAUGCUGGGACAAAGUGAGCUGGCAUGUGGCCCUCUUCUACUUCACCCUCAGGAACAUUGUAGAAUGAUGUGUUGUCCUUUGUUAUGUUGAGUGCCUACCUGGCGUGCUUUGCUAACUGUACCUGUGGCGCUGACUGGCUGUGUGCUGACUGCUGACUAUUAUUAUUAUUAUUAUUUUUUUUUUUUUUUUUUUUAUGGUGAUUGGUGACUGGUAACUGUAUGCCUAAUUUAUUAUUAUUAUUAUUAUUAUUAUUAUUUAUUAUUUUUCAUAGUUAUUAGUGACUUUUUUGUAUUUAUUUUAUUUAUUUAUAUUUUUAUUUAUUUUUUUCCUGACUUAUUAUUUUUAUUUAUUUAUUUUUUUUUUUUCCCUUACAAUGUGGGGUCUAUGGAAAUUUAUGGGAUAGAGGUCGCAUUUCUAUGGCAAAUUUUCCCCUUUGGCUGGUGACUUGGUGACUCUACUAAGGGGAAACUAACAUAGUCACUAAAAUGUGGGAAAUAUUUGAGUUUCUCUUAAUAUUUUUGCCAUUAUUUAUUUAUUCAUUCAUUUUUUUUUCUUCUUCUAAUGCCCCCGCCCCCCAAAAAAAAAAACAAGAAUUCUGUCUGUCUCUGUGUAAAGUCAAAAUCCAGUCGAGUCAGUCAGUCAGUUGGUCAGUCGGUCAAGCUUUUCUCUGUGACGUUAAUACAGUUACUAUUUUCUAUGCUUGUUCCAGUUCUCUCAUGUAUUCUGUGCCUAUGUAGGUUGUAAGAUUCUGAGUGGUGCCUUAGAGUGUGUGUGUGUGUGUGUGUGUGAGAGAGAGAGAGAGAGAGAGAAAGGAUACAGUUCAGGUGACUUAAAAAACAGAAAUCAGUGAAUAUUAGGAAAAACAAGGUGAAUUUCUGUGAUACGAGAGAAUAGAUAGGGAAAAAAAAUCUUAACUUGUCAUUCUGUAGCAAGAUGAAGGAAAUAACACACACACACACACACAUAUAUGUAUCACACCUCAUCUCAUGCACAAUUUUAUAAUACUCAAAUCAAUGUUGUUAUUCUUGUCUCUGGUGCCAUUAAUACAUACAAAGAGCUGUGUUAGAGAAGGAUUUUAACAGUGUGUGUAUGAGUGUCUGAGUUUCCUAUUCCAAAAACACUUCCACUAUUUCAAGAGGUUGUAAUUGAAGGUACAUGGUUUAUGGGCGUUUUAAUGGUUGCAGUGACAGAUUAACAUGAUUUCUGCGUCAUUAAACGGAAAUACUCUCUAGAACCCGACCAGUCAUCUCUGUGGCCAUGGAAAAUUGUCAUGGUGAGGGAGCUAAGUGUUUCUGGAUAUGAGUGUGUUGCAAGUCACCACAUACACAACACAGUGGCAAGAUUAGGUUAGUUUAGAAUUGAAAUAGUGUUGUGAGAGAGAGAGAGAGAGAUUGUGUUGCAGGAAAAAUGUCUUGUAAGAUGGUAUUUAGUGUUGUAAAAGAGAUAGAUUGUGUUGCAAAUCACCACACACAACACACUGCCAAGAUUAGGUUAGUGUAGGAUUGAAAGUGUUGGACGAGAGAGAGAGAGAGAGAGAGAGAGAGAGAGAUGGGGUUGCAGGAAAGACCUCGUAAUAUUAUAACAUCAUGCGUUGGAAAAUAUAGUGCGGUAACACAGGAAGGAAAAAAUAGAGAGAUAACAAAGAAAAAAAUGUCUGUAUGUCUGUGUGUGCGUGCAUAUUAAACUAAGGUACAUUGCUAUUGCUCCACUAAUAUUGCUCACUGCCCACCACCCCUCCCCCCCUCCUCCCAGCUAGUCAGUUGCAGUUACCCUGGUCCCAAAUUCCCACUGUGCAUAAAAGACAACUCUGGGAAAUCUUGAGAAAACACUCUCAUUUACUCCACCUCCGACCAGUGCAAGGUGUUGACUGAAGGACACCACCAAGAUAAGCCCAUAAGAAGAUUGUAGGCCUAUGAGAACAUGAGGAAAGGUUUCUUAUUGGUUGAGAAGUGAAGGAGUGUUGGUCUGUGUUGUUAUUCUUGAGAUUUCCCAGAUAAGUUAUUGUUGAAAUGUUCUCUGUGUGUGUGUGUGUGUGUGUGUGUGUGUGUGUGAGAAAGGAAAUUUUAUCUGUGUUUGUGUGUGUUCAUAUAGGCUAAGAAAUACAAACUGGCAUGUGCUGUACAAGAAUAAAUGUGUAAAAAUAAAUCAUACAAAACUUUAUAGAGUCAAAUAACAGAGAAAAUAAAUGAAAUCUCACACACACACACACACACACACACACACACACAGCCAGCGCAAGGCAUCAUGUUAAUACAAUAAUGUGCGUAUACAUAAGUGUUUAUAUUUCAUACCUUUACAAGGUUUUUUUGUACAUAACUGUUAUUAAUAAAAAAAGACCUCGUUA